GAUCAUCAACAAGAUCGUCAUCUACGAGCAGAACUAGAUGCUGCGCUGCGCUCGACCGCACAUCCUCUCGCACCAUACGCGCACCGCCGUCGCGUAUGAUGUCCGCCCUCCCCUUGCGUCGGAGUGCCCGUCUUAAUAUCAUGGAGACUACGAAGCCCCGGUCGGACGAUACUUACGCUCCUUACUAUAUCAUCAACCACAACAUAAUGAUGUACAUAUACCCCGUCUGGAUCUGCGCCGCUGCUGUGGUAUACCUGCUUUAUUGAUUCUGAAUGCGCUGCCGAUUUGAUUGAACGCGCUGACUCCCGGGUUUCACCCU